GUAUAUAUACAUAUAUAUUGAAGACUAGUAAGGAUGUUUUGUUGCAUAGUCAAAAUGAAAUUUUUCCUCUUACUAGUUUUGUAUAUUUGUUUAGGUGUGUUAAUUUUCGUAACAGCCAAUCCAACGCACAAGCUGAAUGAAGAAAUGAAAACAUUAACUAUGAAAAGAAAUGAUUUAAUAUUACGUGGCCCUAUAUAUAGACAUUGUACUCAUGAAAGCUGCUGUCCUUAUUCUGACAGUUGCUGUGAAAACGAUUUAAAAUGUUGUACUGUUAAAGGAAGAUAUCAUGUUCUGGAUUGUGGCGUCUUGUUUUUGAUCCAAUAAUAAUAUGAUAUCCGCAUUUGAUCACAAACUGGAUUUAAAAAAAUUAAAUUGGAUUCCAUCAUCUCAGUUACAGUAUUCUGAUUCUGUAAUUCUGAUAGCAUCUAAAUAAAUUUGUUUAAAUGAGUACAUUGUUUCAUAAAUUAUUUUCAAAUCCUUUUCGUGAAAAAUAA